GGCGGAGCGGGGCGGGCGGCGGGGCCGGGACCAUGCCGGCGGGGCCGGGCGCCGCCUGGGCGCUGCUGGCCGCUGCCUUCCUGGCGGCGCUGCUGCUGCACCGGGCCCAGGCGAGGCGGCCUGGAGGCGGUGGUGGUGGUGGCAUCGCCUCGGGCCUCUUCCAGGACCUCAUCCGCUACGGGAAGACCAAGAACGGCGGCGGGCAGCGCCCCGCAUGGCUGCGCCGCUGCCAGGUGCCCAAGAGGUGGUUUACUCACUUCUAUAUAGUUUCUGUACUCUGGAAUGGCUUUCUGCUGAUUGAGCUUUUCCAAGCUAAAUUCCUUGGAGCAGCACUCCCACCAUGGAUGCAGCAAUUGCACAGUGCUUUUGGCAGAGAUUUGCAGAGCCAGAACACAGAUAGCGAACACUUCUCUGCACUUUUGGUUCUCCUGCUCCUUUGGCUGCAUAGCUUUCGAAGACUUGCAGAGUGCCUCUGUACCAGUGUGUUUUCCGAUGGCGUCAUUCAUGUUGUGCAGUAUUGCUUUGGGCUUGGUUACUACAUUGUUCUUGGCACAACUGUGCUAUGGCAAGUGCCUAUUAAUGUCAGGCAUGGAAAAGGAAGUUCCAUGCAGAUCUGCUGGUAUCAUGUUGUAGGAAUUGUGGUGUACAUUUGGGCCUCUCUUCACCAGCACAGAUGUCUUGUGAUUCUAUCUAAUCUUAGAAAAAGUAAAUCAGGAAAGGUCGUAAGUCUGAGCCACAGUAUACCUUUUGGAGACUGGUUUGAAAGAGUUUCUUGCCCUCAUUAUUUUGCAGAACUCCUCAUAUAUGUGUCUAUGGCCAUCACACUUGGACUUGACAAUGUGACCUGGUGGCUUGUAGUGACGUACGUUCUUUUCAACCAGGCGCUGGCUGCUGUUUUGUGUCACGAGUUCUACCAGACAAAAUUCACCUCCUACCCAAAGCAUCGGAAAGCAUUUAUACCAUUUGUUUUUUAAAAUGUGUCUUCUAAAGUAUUUUUUACAGACUGGAAAUGUUUUCAAUGAGGAACUGAGCAAUUUAAAAUUUUAUUAAAAUUUACAUUUUAAUAAAGCUGCAGUGAAAGUGCACAUUUUUCUGAU